AAACGUGUACGGUGAAGCAGUAACCACAUCCUCUGCCGUGACGCUGCUCAGACUCAUGUUUGGCAUCAGUGCACUAAAGAAAAGUUGUCACACUAGGCACAGUCGGCUCCAUGGCUCUUGCGAAAAUGGUCAGACUAUUGAAAGAAAUAUUUUGCCAUUUCAUACGGGAUAGAAACUGAUGCCGAACACGACGAUCUGCUAUCUAUAGCUAUUUUCGCCAUUGGACAAAGAUUUGCUGGUGCCUUCAAUGAUUUUAAUGACCAAAUCCAGUUCUUCUUCACUUCGUCAGUCAUCAUGAGGGUGCCAGCUGCCAUCACCUUGCUUGUGUUUAGCAGCCUGAUUCAAUGCACUACUUGCACCUGCAAUAUUACCUGCACCACGGACUAUAUCUCUUCACUGAACUGCUCCUGUCCAGGACCAACGCUUGCAUCCGACUAUCACCUUGAGGCAGAGUGUCGGGAUGAGGAUGAAAAUAUUAGCGUCAGCUGUGAAAUUAAGGCCCCCGAACGCUGGUGUAUAUUAGAGCUGGAUCCUGAUGAGUUUCCUAUUGGCGCUUUCGGCGAAUGCACAGUACAAGCCGAAAACUCUAACGGCGAACGGGGUGUGGAGCAAAAGGACUCAACAACCCUGAAGCUGUUUGAAAACAUAAAACUGCGGCCUCCUUUCAACAUUUCGCUGACAGUGUGCAAAGACAGUUACAAUGUCUCAUGGAAAAUGGACGACUCAGAUGAUUACAGUUACUUCAACGGUUACAUGGUCUACAGGGUGAGGACCAGGAUAAAGGGUGAAGCGAAACCAAGUUAUCAUUACGUGUAUGAAGACAGACAGUACUUGGAGAUUCCCUCCAGUGUCUUGCAAAGUGAAAAGGACUAUGAAGUGGACGUCCAAGCCAGAGUCAACCCUCACAGAAUCGAGACUGGUUUCUGGAGUGAAUGGAGUUCUUCUGCCAAAUGGAGAACAAAGAGAAAUCCCACUGAGAACAAAAAUAUCUUUUGGGGUGAAGAAGGUAAUGGAAAGGAUUACUGGCAGUACUGUUUCCUCUUGCUGAUUGUGGCUCCCUGUCUGCUGUGUUUCUUUGGAACAAGAAGAUUGUGGCUGAGGAAAGUGCACGUGUACAUCCCCAGCCCGGAGAUCUUCUUCAGACCCCUCUAUCACGCCUACGAGGGGGACUUCAAGAAAUGGGUGGGCCCCACAUUCACCUUGAGUGAGACUGAUUGCCUGGAAGGGAGCACGGCUGUUUCAGUGGUGAAAGAGAAGCAGGCGAAGUCUUUGGAGAGGCUGUGUGACAUCGAAGGAGAGGACGGCGCCAGCACGAGCAGCAGCCCUUUCCUCGGCAUGGCAUCCCUCAGCUCCUCCAAGCAGAGCUCAGAAGAUUGUGGCCACAGCCCGGGUCUGGACGGCUCCGCCGGGCACGUCUCCAUCGACACGGUGACGGUGUUGGAGGAGGAGAGCCAGGGCUCGGGGAGUUCCCGGGACCCCGGCGAGGGCCGUUUUGAGUACCCGCCCUUCGGCCCCGAAGGGAACUCGGGCAACUCGGCGCUGGGCCUCCUGGCCGCCCGGUGCAGGUGGGACGCCGUGCUCUCCGGCGGACGCGUGUCAGGAGGGGCGGGGUCCUCCGAGGGCCCGUCCUCUCGCCUGGCGCUGGACUGCCUGGAGCCGCGCCCACGGCACGACGGCAGCGAGCCGGACCAGUCUUCCUUGGAGUCCUUCAGCUUCACCGAGCAUUCGGAGGACGGCUACCCGGCCGUGACCCUGGACAUGGACACCAUCGACAGCGGCUUCCUGGAGUCGGACUGCAGCAGCCCGGUGCACUCGGACCCGGACGUGAGGGAGAAGAUGGAUGCCCCUGUGCUGGUUGGGAGCUUCCACACCAACUACGUCAAACAGUGGGUGGCGAACACUGACCCGUCGGCCCCACAGGAAGACUCCGAGAGCUGAGCACCGCCAGGGCUAGGAGCAGGACAAGUGCAGAAAGCCUCCUAGAACUUGCGCCUCAGGGGACUACAUCAACAAAACAAAUGUCUUACAAUUAUCUGGACAUUUUCUACUUUCUUUUUCUUGGAAACUGGGACCGUUUGCCCUCACUUCUGUAAUUCAAACUGUUUUAAUAUUACUAUGAGCGCUGAAAUUAAGAUGAACCUUAAUCUUUUUUUCUCUUUUCUGGGAAGGGUGUGCAUGCCCAUCAGCUGAACUGUAAUCAAUGAUGUCCAACUGGAGUACUCCUCUUGCCUACACUUCAAUGUGUGAUUAAAAUCCGUAACCAGUCAAUCAAUGACUAGUCACAGUUGUUGGAAAAGAUGUGUAUGAUGUAAAAAAAAAAAAAAGCAUGACAUGGACAUUUGACCAUUGAAUACUUGGAUCAAACUGACAAUCUGCACAUUUCAUGACAACAGCUUUGUUCAUAUGUUUAAGGUGCUACUUCACUGUCGAUGUCCCAAGGCCUAUUAGAAAUGUAAAUAAUGAAUAAAGGGAAAACAGAAUAACCUCACUGGGGAAAAAUUAUAUAUAACAUAAAUGUAAUUAAAUAUUACCUCCCCUAC